AUGAACUUCGCCAUCAACUGGUUCCUAGCCGCCUGGUUCAUAAGCAAAAGUGUCUCGCCGGCCUCCGCGCAGACAUCAAACACCUCUUCCCUUGACAGCUGCCCGCACGACAUCCAAAGAAUUGCCAACGGGCGCGCAAAAUUCAACUCGACCGGCAGGACGGCGUUCAACCUCGGCCAGGAUGAUGACUGGCAACUGUCGUACAGCCUGCAGGACAUGCGCGCCGAGAACUACAGGGCCGGCAAUCGGGUUACCAUGCAGUAUCUGAGCACCUUUCUCAGCGUCCCCGCGUCGUUCAUCGGCAGCCCACGCGGCAGCCACACCAGGAUCUGCUCCUACAGGAUGCCGGGCCAGAAUAAGACGCUAGACGACCGGUCUGAGGGCGCUUCGGGGUCGUGCGAGGGCGUGUUGAGCGACGAGUGCAUCCAGGCUCUCCUACUCGCGCCACCGCCUGUAGAGGACGACUGUCCCUGGAUAGACCCGACUGAAGCUUGCGGCUUUGGAGUCAUCGUCGGCCGUGGUUCGUUUUCUAUUUCCUAG